AUGGUGCCGCUCACGCUCUCGUACAUUCUCUCUCUGAAACCAAUCGAUGAUGAUUUAGCGUUAACGAACUGCGCGUUCGUCUCCCCGGAGGACUACUCCGAAAAAUGUACCACCAGUCCGUACAUCGAAUUAAACGACAUCGUCCUCUUCGCGAAACCGCACGACACCAUUCACCAAGGGCAAAUCGGCUUAAACGGAGUGCAAAGGAAACACUUGCGAGUGAGCACCGGGGACGAGAUUCAAGCGCACCAAUUCCAAACACCCAAAAGCACGUCGACCAGUAAUGGUGGUAACGAUGGAGGUGAUUUUAACGCGUUAAUGAUGACGAUGGAGUUGGAAUUCACGCGGCCGCAAGUUGGGCAAGUGUUGGUGCAAAACGGGAAGCACGAAGACGUGGACGCGAAGAAGAUGCACGGCGUGAUUUCGAGGACGUUGAUAUCGCACGUGUUUACGGUUGGGCAAAAGUUUGCGAUUGAGUUUUGCGGGAACAAUUAUUUAGUCACCGUUGGUGGGAUAUCGAACGAUGUCAUGCAACUCGUUGAAGGAGACGACGAGGUGGAUGAACGGACAUCUUCUAAUAAUAAUAAUAAUAAUAAAGUGAAACAUCAGAGAGGUUUGUUUACGUCCUCGACGACGUUGAUUUUCGAAACCGCGGCGAACAGCGGGAUUAAAAUUUCCGGUCAGAAAUCGAGCGUCAUGAACAGCACUCUGUUCAAAUCGAAAGAGUUUUCGUUCGAAAAGUUAGGCAUUGGCGGUUUAGAUAAACAAUUCGAGGAUAUUUUUCGGCGAGCGUUCUCUUCGAGAAUUUUCCCGCAAUCAGUCGUGCAGCGGUUAGGCAUCACGCACGUGAAAGGGAUGUUGUUGCACGGACCUCCGGGUACUGGAAAAACCUUAAUCGCGCGACAGAUUGGUAAAAUGUUAAACGGGAAAGAACCGAAAGUGGUCAACGGUCCAGAGGUGAUGUCGAAAUACGUCGGUCAGUCCGAGGAAAAUAUUCGAGCGUUGUUCGCGGACGCCGAAGCAGAGUAUAAACAAAAAGGCGACGAUAGCGAGUUGCACAUCAUCAUCUUCGAUGAAAUCGACGCGGUGUGUAAAUCGAGAGGCUCGGUAAACAGCGGAACCGGAGUUCACGACUCCAUUGUCAAUCAGUUGCUCACUAAAAUCGACGGCGUGGACGCUUUAAAUAACAUUCUCUUGAUUGGAAUGACGAACAGAAAAGAUAUGCUCGACGAGGCGAUUUUGCGUCCCGGGCGAUUAGAAGUGCACAUUGAAAUCGGCUUACCGGAUGAAGCUGGACGAGCGCAAAUCUUAAAAAUCCACUCGAACAAAAUGUCCGAAAAUAAGUUUCUGAGUAAAGACGUGGACGUGUCAGAUUUGGCGAAGAAGACGCAAAACUAUUCCGGCGCGGAAAUUGAAGGUUUAGUGAAGAGCGCGGUGUCGUUCGCGUUGACCAGACACGUCAACGUCGCCGAUAUAACCGCAGAAAUCGACGAGGAUAACAUUAAAGUGACGAAAGACGAUUUCGAUCGCGCGUUUAGUGAAGUUGUCCCGGCGUUUGGUGCAGCCACGGAAACGUUCGAGCGGUGUCGAUUGAACGGCAUGAUUAGUUACGGUUCUCGAUUUGAAAAAUUGUUGGGCACGUCUUCGGCGUUGGUCGAACAAGUCCGAGUGAGCGAGAAAACCCCGAAACUCGCGUGUUUGUUAGAAGGAGGCGUCGGGUGUGGUAAAACCGCACUCGCGGCUACGUUAGCGAUGAACGCGGAGUUUCCGUUCAUGAAAAUAGUCAGCGCGGAUUCUAUGAUUGGACACAACGAGAUGAGCAAAGUGCAAACGUUGGCGAAAGUGUUCGACGACGCGUACAAAUCCAACUUGUCCUUGUUAGUUUUGGACGAUUUAGAGCGACUGUUAGAAUACGUCUCCAUCGGCCCGAGGUUUUCCAACGUCGUUUUGCAAGCCUUGCUCGUGCUCAUUAAAAGGCAACCGCCGAAAGGAAAAAAGUUACUCGUCAUCGGUACCACGUCGAACAAACUCGUCUUGGACGACAUGGGUCUCACCGACGCCUUCGACGCGACGGUCUCGGUCCCAUCCUUAACCACGGACGAAGCCACCGCAGUCAUCAAAGAAAUCGAAGCCUUCCGAGUUGAGGACGUCGACGCCGCGUGCGCCAUGCUCGACCACCAAACGCCGAUUAAGAAAUUGUUCGUCCUUCUCGAGUUGGCGAGACACGGUCGCAGCGACCACGACGCCAUGGACGACGCCAACGCCAUAAGUCUGGACCGAUGGAUCAACUGCAUGGAAGAUUUGAGCACUUAA